AUGCUGUACCAGCCCAGCGAUAGGAGAACCUUCGACCACGCCCCCGCGUGGGCGAAGGUUCCUCAGUUGGUGGGUUGCUGGUUCCGCGUGUCCCCUCUAUCUCUCCUUAACUCCUGCCUGCCUGUAUUUCCCUGUGUCAAGCAGCUGACAUCCCAAACAGGAAGGUCCAAUACGCCAACCUUUAGAAUUGUAUCUGGAGGGAGUCUCUAGACUCUAAAGGCGGACAUUUGGAAUAUGGAGGUCCCACUUGAGACUCGAUUCUUGGGUUUUCUUUCCGAGCAGUCCAGUGCCACAUAAGCAGGUGAGUCGUGGACGUGCCGUUCGGAAGUCUAGCUAAACGCUACUUCCCAUCCGCUGUGGACAUAUUUCUUCUGUCUCUGGAGCUAAACACAGUUGGCGUCGCCAUGGCGUCCUCUGGAAGAGAGGUGGAUUAAAUCAUACAGCCCUUCGCGCCUAUUUUUGUAUGGAAGCCGAAAGUGCCUCUUUCUCGCCAGGAUCGACUACGGUUUGUGAAGCACCCCUGAUCAAGGUGCCGACCAUCUCCGGACGCUUUCAUUAACGAGGAGACGCAUCACGUGGAUCCGUGGUCGCUCAAUGUCCCAGGGCCCAUUCCACGUGUAGAAGUUGCGAUCCUGCUCGUACCUUCUCGACGCUGUCCUUUUUAUGAACGGCCGCUCACCGUCCAAUACGGCUCAGGAUUGAAGAGGAGACGUCGCGAGCCCACCAACUCAUUCCCCCCUCCGGUCAGCCCAUUUUAUUUUAAUUAUUUUACUUUUGUGUAUUUUCGUGUAUUUUCGUGUAUUUCUGUAUUAGUUUGGUUCGUUUUCACUAUUUUCGUUCAAAUUUUUUUUUUCUCACACCUUUCUUUCAAAUUUUCAAAAACCCAUUCCUCACUAUUAUCGUUCAAAUUUUCAAAACCCCUUUUUCUCAUAAAUUUUGUUCCAAAUUCUCAAAAACUUUUUAUUUUCAACUUUUAAUCUUCAAAUCAAACUGGCAUUUCUUCAAUUUCGUUUAUUUUUAUCACUUAAAAUUCCACUACACAACCAAAUUUCCCAUAGAGUCUCACAACAUUUCUCACUGUUUCUUACAAAAUUUUCACUCGUUUUUCACAAUACUUUUCUUAUCGAGAAAUAUUCUUUUCUGCUUUUCAAAUUUUCAACUCAAAUUCUUUCAAUUUUUGUGUUUUUUUCUACGCGUAUCUAUUUUUUCUUUUGUCACUCAAAUUUUCAAAGUUUCUAGCUUAUUACUCAACUCCAAUCAAUUUUUCUUCAAAUCAAAUCGUUCAAUUUUCACCAUUUAUACUGUAAAACAACAUAUCUAAUCUCUUUCCCAGGUACUGUAUCGUAAAUCGUUUGCUAAUAUCAUUUAUUAGGCGCUAAGUUUCUUUGAAGAUUGUUUUUGGGUCGCGCUACCAAGCGUCCCACGCCACAUGUUCGUGUCUCAUACCGUACUCAAGUAUUACAAUCACCCUAAUCUCCUAGGUAAGGUCACCAGACGCUUGCUUGAAGCGCAAGACGCCGACUUAGGACGCCAGACCCUUAGCAACUAUUUAUCUUUUAAUUAAUUCCCACACCUUUUCUGACCGGAGUUUACUGUCCCACCCCCUGGUACUGUAGUCACACACUCCCAGCUCUUGUUUUCAUUAUUUGAUGUGUACAGUUUUCAACUUCUUAUAUCUUUUUGUAUUUUUUCUUCUUCUCACAAAGGCUCUUCAAUCUCAAGUUGGACCAAAGAAAUCCUGACGCGUUUCAAAAGGCUAACCCAAGCUUCUCAGCUGGGAAAUCCUUUUAAUUUAUUCAUAUUAAAUAUUCAUUUUUCUCUAAAUUAUAAUUCAAAAUAAUUUUUUUCUCACUAAUCAAACCUUAUUUCAAAUCUAAUUUAUUUCAAAACUUUCAAAUUAAUACGCAAAAAGGAAUUCUUUGGGCCAAAAUUCAACAACAUCAAAACCAAUCUUUUUCUUUCUCACUGCAGUUCUUUGAAGCUCCCAAACUCGUCAAAGCGCCAGAAAAUGGAUCUACGUUCUUUCUCAUUGGAAAAACAGAACAGAUUCAACAAUCUUCCUCUGCAAUACGCUGGUUCUCUCCGACGAAGAUCGAAGAUGUCAACGACCGAAGAAUACGUACCACCAGAAGCUGAAGGGGAAUCCCAACUCCCGCAUCCACCAAAGGACGAACAGGACUUCGAAAACGAGCUGAAUUUCGAAAAAAAAAAAAUGCAAACUGGCGAAUCUGAUCAGGAACGCCUGACGGGGAUCAUCGAAAAACACCGCGACGCUUUUCACAACGAGGAUGGCUCGAUAGGAUGCUUCAGAGGACCUGUUGAGCACAAGAUCAAGCUCCAGCCCGAAGCGACUCUUCCCCGGCCAAGGAAGAGUCGCUUCCCUCUAGGACAACUCGCCGAGAUCGACCGCCAAGUUUCAGAAUUAGCUCGAUAGGGUAUAUUUGAGAAGUCGACCUCAAUGACCCUUAGUCCCAUCGUUUUGGUUAAGAAAAAGGAUCACAGCUUUCGCUUCACCGUGGAUUACCGUCAGUUGAACGCCAUCACCGUCCGGGAAAAUUAUAUCAUCCCUCAAGUGGGCGACAUCAUCGACUUGGCAUGUGGAAGCCGCUUCUUCACUUCGUUUGACCUGAUCCAAGGAUUCUUCCAGAUUCCUCUGCGAAAGAAAGAUCGAAGCCUCACCGCCUUCGCAACUCCGAAUGGAACUUGGCAAUUCCGUCGCAUGCCGAUGGGCCUCUGCGGCGCGCCUCACACCUUCCAGACCGCAGUUCAACUCCUUCAGGAAAAAGUCACAUGCCGGUUGUUUGUCUACUUGGACGACUUGCUUCUCACGUCACCGACAGCCGAACAGCAUCUUCGCGACCUCGAAGAGGUUCUUAUCGCCAUCAAGGACUUCGGCCUGAAGAUUCGUCUGAAAAAAAGUGUAAAUUUGCCUGUUCCUCAGUGGAAUUUCUUGGUCUUGUCGUCGGCAGAGAUGGAGUGA